AUGGCCACGAUCCCGCCGGGCGCCACGGUCGCGGUCACGGGCGCGUCGGGCUUCAUCGGCAGCCACGUCGUCGAGGCUUGCCUCAAGGCGGGCUACGUCGUCCGCGCCUGCGUCCGCGACCCGUCGAACGAGGCCAAGGUCGCGCACCUCGAAGCGCUCGCGGCCAAGCACGGCGGCGCGGUCGAGCUCGCGCGCGGCGACCUGCUCGAGGCCGGGUCCUUCGACGCCGCGUUCGACGGCGCCGCGGCCGUCGUCCACGUCGCGGCCGUCGUCGAGAUCCUCAAGGUCUCGGACCCCGUGCGCGACAUCGUCGACCCGUCCCUCGAGGGCUGCCGCAACGUCCUGGCGAGCGUCGAGAAGCACCUGGCGACGAUCAAGAAAUUCGUCCACACGUCCUCGUGCAUCGCCGUCGCGGCCGUCGACUCGAAGGGCGGCGGCGCGACGUACGACGAGGCCGACUUCAACGGCUGGUCCACGGUGGAGACGGACCCCUACGGCUUCGCCAAGUCCUCCGCGGAGGCGCUGGUCCGGGAGGCGUGCGAGACGAUGGCGCUGCCGCUCGCGACGUUGAACCCGGGCGUGACGCUCGGGCCGUGCUUCACGAAGCAGCACACGAAGGCGUCGACGGUGCUGCUCCGCGAGCUGCUCUACGGCAACAAGAUGCUCAACUACAACUGCUGCUUCGUCGACGUCCGCGACGUCGGCGCGGCGCACGCGCGGCGAGAUGCGGCGUCGAUGAUUAGAAUCAAUAGGUCAAGUCUGAGCCUUUUUGGCCGUGACGACUUCAUUUAUAGUAGACAUGAGACACGGUUGUGA